GAACGCACCCCUAUGCGUAUGUGAUGAUUCUUUUAAAGAACAUAACCUCUACUUGCAAGUCAACAAGCUCAAAGUAUUUACGAAAAGUAUCUAACGAUUUACAGCAGACAAUAGGAAGCUAAAACGAACGAAAGCGUGAAAUGUUUCUGAUUAUUCGUUAACCAUGACGGAUAUUACUUUGACAAGCGAGCAAACGAAGUUUAUAGAAGAAUGCGAGGAGGAGUUCAAGGACCGGUAUACAGAGAAGGAUGGUGAUUUCAUGAAGAUUAAAAUACAGGAGCCAAAGAAACCGCCAAUUGUAGACCCUUGGUAUAAUAAGCCACGCAGGCACGAUUGGUCGCGUCAGAACCAAAAUCAAAAUCACGAUAGACGUAAUCAUCACUGGGAUCGUCGUAACAAUGAAAGAAAUGAGAAACUGGAGCGGCAUGCUGGUAGACACUUCAUACAACAUCGGCAAAGGAUGUAUUAAUUUAGCGACGUGGAUACAAGAACUCGAAUAACAUUCUCAUAGAAAUUUUGUCUUAUUUAAUUAUCUAUGUGUACUGUUUUAUUAAUAGGUGAUAUGUACAUGAAAUAUUUAUGUGUAAGGCACUUGUUUAUAUAUA